CAUUGGCUGCAAAUGGGUCCCAUCGCAAACCAAACAAUCUCUUCAUAACCUCGUGCAGAGGUGGGGGAAAAAAAGAUAAGACCCAACCAAACGGAAUCAUCGAUCCCUCGUCUCUCUUUCCCCUUAUUGGUGCCAAAAAAAAAAAAGAAAAAAAAAACCUUCUCAGAUCACUUCAAACCCAAAUUGAACUGAUAUUGUAAACAAGUGAAGUGAUGGGGUCAGAGUUCAAAGGAGGAUGUUGCUUCUGCUUUAGCGUGAAGAAGAGCAGUGUCGGAAGGAGCAAAAGCGUGAGUGGAAUUCAGAAUAGUUCAGAACAGAGACCGGGAGAUAAUUGGGGGAAGAACGGAGAGAUGCUUUCUGAUAUGAGCACUUUCAGUGUUGAAGAGCAAGAGAGGAGGUUGAAGAAGGCCAAGGAAGAUGAAGAGAAGGUGAGCAGUGAAGCAGAGAGGAUGAUCCUGUGGGUGAAGCAGGAAUCGGCUAGAAUUGAUGAUUCUCUUGUCAAAAAUGUUCUUACUGAAAAUGAAAAAGCGGCAUCCAAUUAGUUAUACUAAUACAAUGAAUGGUUCUGAUAUUA